UGUUUACUGCACUUCCUGUUCGAAUCACCGUCGAAGUCACCAAUUAAUUUCUUUGUUUUUAUUAUCUAUAUAAGAAUGACUACCACGCUUUUCAAAUUCGGAGGGUACCAACUUCCGGCGCGGCAAAACAUUACUGAAGAGGACAAGAAAACAAUUGCAACAGUUUUCCAUGAAUGUGACCAAGGUCAGAAGGGCUAUCUAUCUCAUGAAGACGUCAAAGUAGCGUUUGUAUCACUCCUUGGUUACAAACCAACUAAGUAUGAAGUAGAAGAGUUGAUGAAACAAACAGAAAUCAUUGAUGGCACUCCACGUAUGGCAUUUGAACAUUUUAUUCAAGUGAUGUCUUCAAAGAUGUCUGUAGUUGACAGGGAUGAUGAGAUUCGUCAGACAUUUAUGGUGUUUGAUAUGCAGUGUAAGGGUUUUUUGACAAUUGACGACUUGAAGAAGGCUUUUUCACAUGUUGCUCCACACAUUGCUGCUCAUCGAGUCGAAGCGGCCUUCAGAGAAGUUGACAGAGACGCCGAUGGGAGAGUUAGCUAUAAAGACUUUGAAUUCAUGAUGAAAUAUCACCUAGAAGAUUUAUAAUAGAUGCACAGCCCAUUGAACCACAAUAUUAUAUCAUCAAUGCUUCCGGAGACGAGGGGUGUGUCGACUCCAACUCUCAGUCAAUAUUUUGAACACUAAUGGCUG